GUAGGGAGUAUCUGCAAGGAAGACGGAGUCCUUCAAGGUCAGAGGAAACAGUUUCAAGUUUAUAUACAGAGGCAAAUGAGAAAGCAAAUCUCUUGAAACAUAAACAGUGGUACUUCCCUGGAGGGAGGAGAUGGGGAUUCUCCUGUUGCUCUGAGUGUUGCCAGGUGCCAGAAGUGGUCCCCAGUGGUGGUGGACAAUUAUUCUGAGUGACGGCCCUUGCACGCGCUUCUGAGUGGUUAUCAUGGGCUUCAUUGCCUUUCUGAAGACUCAGUUCAUAGUUCACCUCCUCAUUGGGUUCGUCUUUGUUGUGAGUGGACUGAUCAUUAACUUCAUUCAACUAUGCACGCUAGUCCUCUGGCCCAUAAACAAGCAGUUUUAUCGCCGAGUAAACUGUCGCCUUGCCUAUUCACUUUGGAGCCAGUUGGUAAUGCUGCUGGAAUGGUGGUCAGGCACAGAGUGCACCUUGUUCUCAGACGAGGCCACAGUGAACACCUUUGGGAAAGAACACGUCAUCAUCAUCCUGAAUCACAACUUUGAAAUUGACUUCUUGUGUGGCUGGACUAUGACAGAGCGCUUUGGAGUGCUAGGGAGUUCCAAAGUUCUUGCUAAGAGAGAGCUACUAUAUGUGCCCUUAAUUGGCUGGACGUGGUACUUCCUUGAGAUUGUUUUCUGCAAAAGAAAAUGGGAAGAAGAUAGAGAUACGGUUAUUGAAGGAUUAAAACGUUUGGCUGAUUAUCCUGAAUAUAUGUGGUUUCUCCUGUACUGUGAAGGAACUCGUUUUACAGAGACCAAGCAUCGUAUCAGUAUGGAGGUAGCUGAAUCCAAGGGAUUGCCUAAACUGAAAUACCACCUGUUGCCCAGAACCAAAGGUUUCACCACUGCUGUCCAGUGUCUCAGGGGAACAGUUUCAGCAGUGUAUGAUGUAACACUAAAUUUCAGAGGAAACAAGAACCCGUCUUUAUUAGGAAUUCUUUAUGGAAAGAAAUAUGAAGCAGAUAUGUGUGUAAGGAGAUUUCCUCUGGAAGAUAUCCCUCAAGAUGAAAAGGAAGCUGCAAACUGGCUUCAUAAGCUUUACCAGGAAAAGGAUGCUUUGCAAGAGAUGUAUAAUCAAGAAGGCAUAUUUCCUGGCCAGCAGUUUAAACCUCCUAGGAGACCAUGGACUCUCCUAAACUUUCUUUUUUGGGCCACAGUUCUCCUCUCUCCUCUCUUCACAUUUGGCUUUGGAGUUUUUGCAAGUGGAUCACCUCUCCUUAUCCUUGCAUUCCUGGGACUUGUUGGAGCAGCUUCCUUUGGAGUUCGUAGACUGAUAGGAGUAACUGAAAUAGAAAAAGGCUCCAGCUAUGGCAACCAAGAAUUCAAGAAGAAGGAAUAACUGACAGCUGCAGUUCAGCACAUAUAACCAGACUAUGGUACCCAAUUAAUUUCAGUUAAAAAACAACAACAAACACUUAGAAACUAUCUUUUUCUUAAUAACUGAUGACUAAUAUUAAUGAAUAAAACUUGAGCCAAGAAUUAAGAAGUUGGAGGCAUCAACUGAAGAGAACACAUCAACUUUCUGCCUGUUUAAGGAUUACUGUAGUCAAACUAUGGGAGAAAAUCUGGGGUGGGGUGGAAGAAGAAACUGAUUUUUCUUGCUUUGUUGCGGGACUCGGGGGUGGGGGAGAAAAGAGGGCAUUGGCCAUGGCCACGUGCAUCUUCAGAUGACUGAAUACACUGGUUUCUGUCAAGAGCACUACACUCACUUUUACAACAGGAGCCAUUGAAUGUUUCUUCUUGCUAAAGCCAAUGUAAUGUUUGUUGAUUUCCAACUUUUUUUAUUAAUGAGCCAGGAAAAAAAAAACAACCCUUCUUAAAUUAAUUGACAGAUGUUAUUGGGUUAGAGUCGUUUUUGGAAAGGCUGUGUUGUCAUGGCUACAGAUGAAAUCCUAUUUGUAUGUUACACUGAUACUUUUAUUUUCAGGCAACGUCUUAAAACUUCUGUAAUGUGAGAGAACGAAUGGUGGCGUUUGGAAGCAGUGCGUUAUUGAUCAGCACAUACCAUAGAGCAGAUCCACUAGUUUAAAACAGUAUAAAAUUCUCAUCAUAUCUUCUGCUAACUGCUCAAGGCCGUUUAAUUUCAAAAUAUUACUUCAUUCUUGAGCGUUGUUUGCCCUGUUUCACAUCAUACAGGUAUGAUAAUCUUGAAUAGUCUGUUUGGACUUGUUUUGUUUUCUGAAUUAAUGCUGACUGUGGGAUUUGGAGCUGUGCAAAGAAGGAUCCUUAUUCAAUUUUCCUGACGUUUUCUCCUUUUAUUUCUGUUCACGUCUCUUAUCACCAAAGUCCAGUUCAGCCAACCUCUCUCAGUAAACUGGGAGGCAGCAGCAGAAACCAGCACAAUAGUUUUCAAAAUGUCGUCUUUUACAAGAAUUUGAAAAGGAGAAGUCUGUACCAACGGGAUUUCGAUACUGGCAUCUCUUGAACUUUUAAUGAGAGUUUUGACAUUGAUUCAGAUGGGGCCAGGAUCUUACCCUGUGUGCUGUAAUGAUAGGUUGUACUGCACUUUGUACUUGAUCGUGCUUUAGAUGUUAAUGUGAAGUAUAUUGCAAGGUAAGCUGUUCUGUUAAGCAUUAGAAAGAGUAUGGAGUCUCUUCAGGGAUUUUAAAUAUCUUUAGUUUUGCUUGUUGACCUUUGGGUUUUUUCACUGAAAGUACAGAUCAGAGUCAUGGCUGUACCUGUCUCUUGCGUUUGGUUUUUUGGUUUUUUCCUUUUUUUCUUUUUUUACGAACACACGUUCUGAAGGUUUUGUAGAUUGCUGCUGUAUGCAGAGCUGGAGAAUUAUUUACAAACAGAUGGGAACUACCUGUAUGGUCAAGUCUAAAGGCCACAAUCUGCAUUUGGCUACGCUCAGAAGUUGGUGAAAUGGGUUGCAGAAAUACAGCUGAGGGCAAAAGGUGACCCUUGGGGUCUGUAUUUUUAACCCAGCUGCCACUAGAAUAUUUAUCUCAACUUUUGUAAAGAGCAGAUCUUAUCAAAGCACUGGUCCUUAUUUUCAUCUUUGCUCUAGUAACCAAGAUAAGAGAGUAAUAAUUUACCUUCCUUUCGUAUUUACUCUAACUGUUGGAAUGUAGCCUCCCACAGAUUUUUCUGUUUGCAAACACUGGAAGGGCAAUUUUGUAACUUAGAAAAAUAUUUUAGUUGGGGUCAUUAGUCACUGUUCUGUCAUGCACUCAAUUUUUAUUUGUGGUCUUUUCAACAAGAAGAUCUGAAGGAUGACCUGUCUUGUCUGUCUCCUGUUAUACUCAUCCUCGCUGAAUCAUUGUACCCGUAGCCCCAGCAUUAGUAUGUCAUCUUUGUCCCCUCAAUAAAUCUUCCCUAAGGCAGGGGAUGCAACACUGUUGUUAACGCUAGUGGAAUUUGGAAUAUGCUUUGGGAAUUGAGGAGAACAGAGCCUGGCCAUGACUCUGUUUUUCCUUGCUGGGUGCUCUUGUACUCUGUCUUUAAAUAUGGUUGGACUUCUAAAUGCUGAUAAAGACAACUCUCUGGCUUUUCCCUGUUUUUUUAACCAGAGGACUAAAAGCAGUGGGCUUUUCUUUCUUUUCUUUCUUUUUUUUUUCUUUAAGUAAUUCAGUAAUGGAUAAAAUUCUUGCUUCUUAGAAAGAUGUUACAAAUGCUGUACACUUGCUUCCUGAAGAUGAUACUGAGUAUAUAUAAAUUGUACUGGCUUAGCAGAGUGAGGCUUGCAAAGCAGGCUGACCAUUGACUAUGUUUUAUACUUAGAUUUUGAGAAGUAUAUUAAUGGGCAUGACAAAAAUUUCACAAAAUUAAAUCCCCUCUUAAUGCUGAGAAGAGGGGACAUGCUUAAAGGAGAAGGGAAUUAAUAGCCUUUCUCUUUACAGGAUCCUUUUCUCCUCUUAGUGCAUGUAACUCCCUAUUAGGAAUCAUGGGAUUAAUGCAUGUACAUCAAGGGGAGAAUAAUCAACAUUUCAUAUUUUCUUAUCAUAACUUAUUGGUCAUGCUUUCUUUUUGAAAAUAUAAUAAAUACAUCAUCAGUUACUUAAAUUUUGCUCUUCUAAACUGACAUAUCAAUAACCAUUUGGAAAACGGAAAUGUACAGCAAUGCACAAAACAGUACAAAACCAACACAAAUAUCUUCAUUUUGAAUUUUAUCUCCUCCAGUAGGGGCUUUUAUACACACGCGUGCGCACACGUACACAGAGUAUGUAUAAGUUAAAAUGACUGGAAAUAACUGAAGUUAAUGUCACUAAUGAAGAUUAGCAGGUGGCUUGGAUUGGAAAAGUGAGCAUAGAUUUUAUAUCUUAUUUUCUUCUGGUUUAAUAGAACAUAGCUUGUAUAUUUGACUACCAAGCCCUUUAAGAGCAAUAAUAAACAAAAAUGUAUCAUGUUUUUCGUCUUUUGCUUUUCAACCAUGCUAGGGUUUAAUAAACUUAAAAGCUAUAGGAACAUUUUUUCUCUCCACCUUUCAGAACUUCCAUUUAUUGCUUGACUGUUUAGACUAAAUACCAUGUUCUCCAGUCUGGACUUGCAAGCUGACUGCCGUGGAGUUCAGCACUGACUCCGAAGAUGAAUGGUUCUCAGACUAACAUGGACAGAUGCUACUCUCUUGGCCUUGGCAGUGCUUGUCAUUGUCAUGAAGAACAGUGACGUUGCUCUCAAAGUGGGAUUUGCAGUUCCAAGGUAGCAUCAUGUUGACCUGCAUCUAAGAACCUGAUGGGAGAGCUUGGAGACUGCUAGCAUUGUGGCAUCUCUCAGUUAGGAAGGCACAAAAAGCUGAUGCUGAAGAAGGACCAGAUAACUGGUAUCUGGAGAUCUUGGCUCAGUAGGGAUUAUAGUUCUCUGUAGCUCAUUGUGGGCUGAAUGUGCUCUUGCAAUUGACUUUGCGUUACUGAGCAAAAUACUUGUCUCUAGCACAAAGAGCAUGGGCAACGUUCCUUUGUUCUGCUUUAACUUAUCUUGAAGGGCUCUACAUUUAAAUGCUGACCAAUGAAUAUGACUACUACCUUUGUCCUAAUUGCCUAGUAUUCACAGAAGAAGUGAGCGUGUCUGCUCACUUCCACGUGAUACCACUUGUCUCCGUCUACUGAUGUCUGUAUAUUUGCUUGCCUGUAUCUUCUGCAGAUGGUUCGGUUACAACCUCUUAGCUGGAACUUGGAGCUUUCCAGUUCAACCAAUCCUAUAAAAAUCGUCUCACGUAGCUGGGGUUUUGUCUUCCUGCAUUUUGGUGCUGGUUGGCUUGCUCAAUAUAUCUGAAGUAGCAUAGUUGUGUUAAGUGAUAAUGCAACUUUGCCGCUUUGGAGCAAAACUUUAUUAGGGAAGAGGAGUCCUUCCCAGGCCUGCUCACAUAUUCCAUCACCACCUGGUAACAGGUCCUCUGGCAUUGAUGAAGCCAGUAAAAGAGAGCUGGGACAAGGACUUCGCUAACAGUUGGAGUAUCUAUCAAGGAGGGGUCACUGUUAUGGCUGGUAAUCGCUAAAGAGGCAGUUUUUGUUAGGGACUGCCCCAAAAUCUGGUUUUGAUUAAAGAAAUGUGGGGUUGGAGGCUUUUAAUAAUGCUGAGUUCACAGUAUGCAGAGUGUUCCAGAUUGAAGACAGAUAAUGUUCACAUAUUUUGGCAUCUUGGAGAAGUAAGUAUUAACUAAGUCUAAGGCCAAAAUUGGACGGACCUAGCCCAAGCAUGUUUCCUUCAGGUGCUGGAGGCCAACGCAGAUAAAAGCGAAAAAUCCAUUCCUAGAUUUCCUUUGAAAAUUGGAUGCAGCGGUGGAGCUCACACCAUCUCCUGGAUGCCUGUGACUUACAUCACUUGGUGUGAAGUUUGUGGUUCACAGCAGACGAUUACUACACUGGUUUAUGCCUGUGGAAAGAAGCAAAUCCACGUAAUGGUAACGCUGAGUUUGUACUUUGCUACUCGCAGCUACUCUUUUCUGAAUUUCUGAACUUUCUGAUCCAUCGUGGGCUGCUCCAGGGCUGCCAGCGCCGAUUGAAGCCGGGAUGUGAAGCCGGUAAGAGCCGUGCUGAGAGCUGCAAGGUGCAUCGCUGAAGGGAGGAGGAACACCAGCAGGUCUAGACAAAUUCUUGCCCUGAGAAAAUUGAGCGAUUGCCGGGAGCUUUGCAAAGCAGAGAUAAGUGUGUGUGUGGGCAGACAAACUCUAACUGAUGUCACACCACCCUGCGACAACUUACGAGGUAACCCUUGCCACGUUCACUUGAUUGGGGGCAGAAUUUGUCUUGAAGGGCUUAUCUCCUUGUUACAGGUGGCAGCUCUUACUCUGCCACGCUUGCCCCUGUUUAUCUGGAAGACUAAUUUAUCUGAUUGUCUCAGCAAUCUCUGUGGCAAGAUCCUUGCCAGUUGUUGCUUGUGGGUUUUUUACCUGCUAUGGUGUCUGAGAGAAAACUUUCUGGAAGUCCACAUUACCAGGUCUGUGCCACGUUUGGUAGCCACCAGAAAAUGCCAUGAAAAUAUUUUACGCUUUGGAAUUGGGAAGACAGUGGAUUGGGAUCUGUAGGCCAAAUAUGCCCUGUUUCUCUUAUCCUCAGCCUCUCAAGGUUUAUGGAAAGCUGACUGUAUUUCUUAAAAUGCUAUACCCAUAGUUAGAAUCUUCAGUUUUUGAAACUUGGAAGAAAGUUAAUUUGUGCACUUCUGAGAGUAGCUGAGUGUUGCUGAUUGUCUAUUUUUAAAAACUUUAACAGAAGCAGCAUUUUAUCUUAAGAGCAAACGUAUUUUAAAAACAGACACUUUAGCAUAAACUGGAAUAUAAUAGCUCUUUUAAAAUCUGAAUUGGAAGUAUUCUUUAGCGUGGGGGCUAUGGCUACCAAUUUUCAGUCUUAGACAAGUUUUGUUUCGUUUUUUAUUUUGGCCAGGGUGUAUUUUCAAGGAAAACACGCCGAUUUAUGAGUCACACUAAAAUCCAAUUUGCGAAGGGAGGAAGAGUGGGCAGCAAAGGCUAACGAGGAAUGAAUUUUUUUCUUUCCCAAGGCAUGAACUGGUUUCUGUAUACCUCCUUUAUUACCUGCAUGUGCAUCUGUGCAGAGAGCUGAGCUGCGCCGCCCCUUCGUGUUACUUUGCUUCAGCUUUGUCAGAGCUGUACCUUUUGUGACGACUGGAUGCUACUUGCCUGAACGCCAGGCAGCCCCUGUCAGCUGGCGCGUCGCUCGCUCCUAAAGAUCACCAGCAAGUACUGUAGCUUUAAUGAAAACCUUCUCUCAGAAAACUCGCCAUCCUUAACCCGACUGAUUUGUUGCAAACCUGGCAUUUGGAGGGAAGUGUAAGUACCAGAUGAUCGUUACUAGCCAAACCUAACGAGUAAUAAAACUGUAUACAGGGUACGCAUUUACGGUGCAUGUGUAUAUAUUUUUGUACAUUUUUACAGUUAUUUCCUACACUUGAUUUUAUGACGUUCAGAGGAGAUGCGUCCGAAUCUGGUUUAAAAACAAAGGUAUUAAGAAAACCCAACCCUGUCACCCACUGUAGUUUCUACUAAGAACUGUGCCCAAACAAAUACGCAGAUUUACAGUGCUAUGCAAAUAUUACUUUGUAAGUGGUCUCUUAAAUUUUGCUUAAGUAGUUCACGCUGUUUUUACUGGGCUUUCGGAAAAAAAUUAACGCAAAAGACUCAUCUUGUAAAAUAAAAUAGCUUUGGCUGUGCGAAA